GUAGGCGCGGGAGCAUAGAAGUAUAGUACAGCGAUAGAUGUUGCUGCAUUGCCCUCUGUCGCACCGCACACUAGUCCCGCAGCAGCCUAUAACACCUGCUAUGCACAGCGGCCAUCCCAUGCAAUUACUAUUCUGGCUCCCAACCCAUGUUUAGCUUCGGAGAUCCGUAGAGAGCAUGGGUGGAAAAAAAACCGAUUUUUCCAGCGGCAGGCAUCGGGUUUUUACUUUAAUAAAAUUAAACCCGAUUUCGGGGAAUUAAAACCUGGUUUAAUGAAUACGAAACUCUGAUCAAAGGCUUAGGCUGCUUCCUCGUCGGUGCUGCUACCGUACUCGGGGCCGGCGGGCACGGGGUAGUCGUAGAAUGUGGCGGGCAUGUUGGUCUUGAUGAACACGAGCUUCUCCACAAUCGUAGGCGCCAGUGAGUUCCUUAGCUUGGAAUGGAUGAAGCCCAUCGUUGAGAAGUGCGGUUCUGCAAUUAAAACCAAUUAAACCGGAUAUAAAAAGACAAUUAAACCCGAUUGUAAAAAAACCCGGCUGUGCCACCCUUGGUAGAGACCCGGGGCACAUUCCGGGUGAUUUGGUCAUCGGCUCUUCACCGGGUGUCGUGCACCACGGUAUAUUCAUCAUCAGUCACCAUCAUCAUCUGCCAUGAUUAAUCCACUGCUGGAUUGAUGGCCUCUCACAAAGCCGUCACGCUCAACGGGCACACAACCUUGUUACAACGCUCACGUGCGCGUUGUCGAUGUGCGUCGUAUCGCUUACAGGACGAGAAGAAAAAGGAUCCCUCUAAGAAGACAUCGCAGCCAGUAAGACCGCUAGACCUGUUCCGCUUUGCAGACCGGUGGGACGUCUUCCUCAUGGUGGUGGGGACGCUGUCGGCCGUGGGCCACGGCGUCACCUACCCCAUCCUCUUCAUGGUGUUUGGCGACAUGACCUCGUCCUUCGUGGACUUCGGCAAAGUGGACCAGUGCCAAGGGAACUUCUCCUGCAUCGGCAACAUCCUCGCAAACGUCACCUUCGACAUCGAGGACAAGAUGACGGAGUACGCCUACUCCUUCAUGGGCGGCGGCGCGGCCGUGAUGGUGCUGGGCACGGUGCAGGUGGCGUGCUGGGCGGCGGCGGGCGCACGCCAGGCCCAACGCGUGCGCCGGCUCCUCUUCCGCUCCAUCCUGCGGCAAGACGCUGCCUGGUUCGACUCGAGCCAAGCCGGCGAGCUCGGCAACUGCCUCACCGACAACGUGAUGAAGAUGCAGGACGGCAUGAGCGACCAGGUGAGCGUCAUGCUGCAGCUCGUCGUGAGGUUUGCGGCCGGCCUGGGCGUCGGCUUCUCGCAGGGCUGGAAGCUCACACUCGUCAUCAUGGCCGUCAGCCCCCUCAUUGCCGGCACCGCCGGCGCCGUCUACCUGGCGUCGACGGCGUUGAGCAGGAAGGAGCUGGCGGCGUACGGGCAGGCGGGAGCCAUCGCAAGCGAGGUUCUCUCCAACAUCCGCACCGUCGUGGCGUUCGGAGGGGAGGCGCGGGAGGUGGAGCGGUACAGCCGGAGCCUGGCGCCGGCGAGCAAGAUGGGGCUGCGCAAGAGCCUCAUCAACGGCUUCGGCAUCGGGAUGACGAUGCUGGUUGUGUACGGAACGUACGGCCUGGCGUUCUGGUACGGCACCACGCUGGUGCUGGACCCAAACAGCGACGACUACACGGUUGGCACGCUCAUCACGGUGUUCUUCUCGGUGCUGAUCGGUGCGUCCUCGCUGGGGGAGGCCGCCAGCCAGAUGGAGUACAUCUCGACGGCGCGCGCCGCCGCCACUCCCGUGCUGGCUAUAAUCAAGCGCACGCCGGCCAUCGACAGCGCCGCCGACUCGGGGCGCCGGCCCUCGUCCACCCAGGGGCACAUCCGCUUCAGGGCUCUCAAGUUCAGCUACCCGACUCGCCCCGACGUGCAGGUUCUGAAUGGGCUGGAUUUGGAGGUGCGGCCGGGACAGACGGUGGCGCUGGUGGGGCCCAGCGGCUGCGGGAAGAGCACCUGCGUGCAGCUGCUGCAGAGACUCUAUGAUCCCCAGGAGGGGCAGGUCCUGCUGGACGGCGAGGACGUGCGGGAGCUGAACGUGCACUGGCUGCGGGAGCGAGUGGCGGUCGUGUCGCAGGAGCCGGUGCUCUUCGGCUGCUCCAUCGCCGAGAACAUCGCGUACGGGCGCGAGGGCGUGAGCCGCGGCGACGUGGAGCGAGCGGCGCGCGAGGCCUACGCCUACGACUUCAUCGCGGCGCUGCCGGAGGGGUUCGAGACGCCGGUGGGGGAGCGCGGGACGCAGCUGAGCGGCGGGCAGAAGCAGCGCAUCGCCAUCGCGCGCGCGCUCGUGCGGGACCCGCGCGUGCUCGUGCUGGACGAGGCUACGUCGGCGCUCGACACGGCCAGUGAGGGCAUUGUGCAGGCCGCCCUCGACCGGGCUCGCCGCGGCCGCACCACGCUGGUGAUCGCUCACCGCCUCUCCACGGUGCAGAGCGCCGACACCAUCGCCGUGCUGGAGGGCGGCGCCGUGGCCGAGAUGGGCAGCCACGAGGAGCUGCUGCAGCGCCGGGGGAUCUACUUCAACCUCACCCAGGCACAGUCGAGCGGGAAGGACGCGGUCGGAGUCGCUGAGCCGCCGCGUGAGAAUCGCGAUGCGGGCGCGGAAGAGGGUCCCGGCGACCGCCCGGCGCUCACGUACAUCCCCGUGCCCGUCGCUCGCACGGACAAGGGGGCUUCACCGGACGAUGGCGAGGGGAUUGAGGAGCUCACGGUGGCGGCUCGAGAUGGCAACGACGAGGAGGAGCAGAAGGAGGAUGAGGACGAGAAGAAGGCGGCGCGAGGGAUCUCUUUCCUGCAGAUGCUGAGGCUCAACGCCCCCGAGUGGCCGUACAUCCUGCUGGGCAUCAUGGUGGCCGCGGUGAACGGCGCCAUCCAGCCGGUCUUCGCCAUCAUCUUCGCCGAGCUGAUCGGGACGUUCACGCUGCCCACAGAAGAGGAGCAGAGGGAGACAUCGGUCUUCUGGUGCCUCAUGUUCAUCGCCAUCGGAGGGUCAGCCUUAGUGGUGAACACCAUACAGGGCUACACGUUUGGGAAGUCCGGCGAGGUGCUGACGCGGAGGCUCCGUGAGCGGAGCUUCAAAGCGAUGGUCAGACAGGAGAUCAGCUGGUUCGACAACCACAAGAACAACACCGGCGCGCUCACGGCGCAGCUGUCCACCGACGCGGCUCAGGUCCAGGGGGCGACAGGUCGGCGGGCCGGCAUGCUGGUGCAGAACUUCUCGGGGCUGGCCACGGGCCUGCUGAUCGCGCUGCUCGUGGGCUGGAAGCUGGCGCUGCUCAUGCUCGCCUUCAUGCCCUUCAUGGUGGGCGCGGGCCUCGUGCAGAGCGUCCUGCAGGGCUCCGAGGCCACCACCAUCAAGCGGGCGUACGAGCAGGCCAGCAAGAUCUCCACCGAGGCCGUGCAGAACAUCCGGACGGUGGCGUCCCUGUGCCUCGAGGAGAAGUUCAGCGGGAUGUUUGAGCAGUGCCUCCUGGAGCCGUACAGGGUGAUGAAGCGCAGGGGCUACCUCUUCAGCGUCACCUUCGGCUUCACCCAGGGCAUCCUGUGCUUCGCGUACGCGGCCGUCUUCCGCCUGGGCGGGUUCCUCGUGGCCCAGAGGGAGCUCACCUUCCAGGACGUCUACAAGGUGUUCGGUGCCAUCAUUUUCGGCGCCAUGGCGGUGGGCCAGGCCAUGGCGAUGGCGCCCAACUACGGCCGAGCCAAGGUGUCGGCGGCUCGCAUCCUGGCCCUGCUGCGGCGCGAGAUGGCCAUUGACAGCUACAGCGAGGGCGGCAUCCAGCCGGACGCCUUCGACGGGGAGCUGCAGCUGAGCGGCGUGCACUUCCGCUACCCGACGCGGCCGCACGCCGAGGUGCUGCGCGGCGUGAGCCUGCGCGUGGCCCCGGGCCAGACCCUGGCCCUGGUGGGUCCCAGCGGCAGCGGCAAGAGCACCAUCAUGCAGCUGCUCCUGCGCUUCUACGACUCUAGCGCCGGCCAGCUGCUUCUGAACGGCGUGGAGGUGAGGCAGCUGAACCUGGGCUGGCUGCGCCGGCAGCUGGGCGUCGUGUCGCAGGAGCCGGUGCUGUUCGGCUGCUCCAUCGCCGAAAACAUCGCGUACGGCGACGUGAGCCGUGCGGUGUCGCGCGACGAGGUCGUCGCCGCCGCCCGCGCCGCCAACCUCCACGACUUCGUCGAGUCCCUGCCGCAGGCGUACGACACGGUGGUUGGCGAGCGUGGCGCCCAGCUCUCCGGCGGGCAGAAGCAGCGCGUGGCGAUCGCGCGUGCGCUCCUCCGGGACCCCCGCGUGCUGCUGCUGGACGAGGCCACGUCCGCGCUGGACGCCGAGAGCGAGAAGGUGGUGCAGGACGCUCUGGAGAAAGCUCAGCAGGGCCGCACCUGCAUCGUCAUCGCUCACCGGCUGUCGACGGUGCGCGCGGCGGACGUGAUCGCGGUGCUGCAGGACGGCGACAUCUGUGAGCUGGGCUCGCAUGAGGAGCUGCUGUCCGCCCGGGGCCUCUACUACCGCCUUGUGGAGGCCCAGAUCCUGUAGCCGGCCUGGCGACCACGACCCGCUGGGCCCUGUAGUCACGCUGAACCAAUAUUGGCUUCCCCCGGAAAAUGUAUUCCCCCAGCAAUGGAUAUUGGGUGAAUGUUUGGUUUGGACGGAAGGUGGAAGGGCGGAUAGUUGGGGACGCAUUCUUUGUUCCUCCAGUGGAACGAAUAAGUUAUCCGACAAGUAAACGUUUACUCUCCGACACCGUGUGCUGAAGUAGCAACUAAUUGGCACGUUUUGUUUACGUGACAAACCUUGAUAAUUGGCUGUGUCGUGUGGUCGCGGGUUAAACGACACAUUUAUAUUGACGCAAUCUAACCCAAAAAAAACCUUUAUUAUGGAAAGUAAACGUUUGUUCCACCCUACUUAAACCAAACUAUUAAAAUGUUUUUUUAUUUUACCAGGAAAGGCCCACUGAGCUAUAUAGCUCUUUUUCAGAAGCGACCUGGACACAAAUGAUAGCCCAAUUAAGUAGCUUAUCACGUGGAAAUUUCAAGCAGUCAAAUACUCUAAACGCAUGUUUCUAAAUGUGAAGGGAAAACCGGAGGACCCAGGGAAAAUCCAAGCGUCCUCUGGUCUAACACCGUUUGAGACGAGGCUCAAAAGAAAGCUGUCUCUGGUGUGGACCAAUCAGUUUCAAAGACAAUGCAUAUAUUAUCAAAGUAUGUUUUUUGUUUGCAUUCUUACCACAAUGUGGUUAAUGCAGACAUGAUUCCUUGUAAAAGGUUUCAGUUUGGUAUUUUAACAUCUCAACACCUGUUUUGUUGCCAGAAAAAAGGGGAAAAAAACCUAUUAUCAAAGAUUUAGAGUUUAGACAUUAGGGUUUACGGUUGUAGUUUUUGGUUUGAAGCUUCGUGUUAGGAGGUAGGGGCGAGAGUAAGGUGGCUAAUUGGUUGAGAUAAAGUUACGACCAAACGGAUGUUGUGAAAAAGUCAAACUCAAACCACAUGUCCUCCUGAGUGGUUUUCAGGUUUCAUCAAUGUAUCCGUCAUGGGUUUAACGUUUUACACCUGGGAUUAAAACGAAUAUUUACAUGUUUUGUUAGGAAGUAUUUUCACGAUAUACAUAUGUAUAGCAUGACGCGUAGAGGCAUUUCCGCUGGACGGAACGAGAUGCUUUAUACUUGGGAUCGGACAUCCUCGGAGAAAGAAAAGUUUUUCAAAUUUGUUUACAAGUUUCGGAUACUUUUUGCAUUCCGAAGCCCAGCUCCCACGCGAUGUUUUUAAUGGUGCUGAAAGGGGCACUGAGAAUUGUUGAUUUGUUUUUGUUGUUGUUAAAGCUUAAUAUGUUUAUGAAAUGUCCAGUCUUUAAAAUGCUGGUAAUUGUUUUCUUUGAGUGUUGUUAUAUGUAUUGCAUUCACGGUCGCGUAGCACAGGCCCAAAAGGACCCACAACUCCCAAGUGGCCAAACUAAAACGGCACUAUCGAGGGUGUAAACAGAACAAAACCCCAUUGUUUUUUUGGAUUGAGCAAAGGUCUAGAAGGGACGAUGAGGAGGGAAUUCCAAAUGUGGAGCAGUGGCAGGUUAAGAAGCAGGCAAUGCAAGCACCUGGAUCUGGAGUUGUGGUGGUCCAACAAACACAGCGUGGCCAGUGGCCUUUAAAGCGAGCGGCCGCUUCGGUGAGCAAAGAUUUGAGUGCCCCUUGAUAGCACAGCAAAGCAAUGGUAUCAAAGCUGAUGUGUUGUAGCUUGUAAUACGUCACAUGACCCGUCCAUGUGUGUGUGUGGCGCGGUGGUGAGCACACUGCGCUACCAGCCCGGCGACACGAGUUCGAUUGCAGCUCACGGCCAACGCCAGUAACGAUUAUCCGAACCGGUUCUGGGCCUCUGCUAGGUCGACUCAGCUUUGAAUGAGUACCUGACGCGAUGUUUAAACAUGGCCGCUGGAUAGAAAAAGGCGGCCUGGCGUGGUGUUGGCCACUCACCCGCUCUUGUGCUGUGCCGGCCCUCAUAGGUGCUACUCGCUAACAGCACUUGUCCCCAACAGUCUGAUAAGGCUCUAUAAUAACUAAACUAUCUUUACUUUACCAGGUAAGGCCCACUGAGCUAUAUAGCUCUUGUUUCAGAAGCGACCUGGCCACAAAUUAUAGCUCACCGAAGUGGCUUAUCAUGUGGAAAUGUAUCUUAUCGUAUCGUAAUGUAUAUAAUGUCCUGACCAAGGUGCUUUACAGAGAAUGAACAACGGUACGUACGAAUGUAAUGGUGGAGAUGAGGUGAAUAAAAUG